GCUUAGGCCGUGGAUCAAGGCACUAUAAUGAUUUCUACCCUGUAGCUAACCUCCUUCGAUCAUCUGUCUAGCAGACGGACACGGGAUCUCUGCAAAAAUGAAUGUGAGCUGCGCGUCGAUGGCGGCCUCGAUUUUCCUCUUGCUGGUGCUGUUUGCCUUGGCUUCGGCGAAGAAAUCAGGGGAUGUGACUGAGUUACAGAUCGGCGUGAAGCAUAAGCCUGAAUCUUGUGAAAUCCAGGCCCAUAAGGGUGAUAGAAUCAAAGUACACUAUCGAGGAAAACUCACAGAUGGAACUGUUUUUGAUUCCAGCUUUGAAAGGGGUGAUCCAAUUGAAUUUGAGCUUGGAAGUGGUCAAGUUAUCAAAGGAUGGGACCAAGGACUUUUGGGAAUGUGCGUAGGUGAGAAGCGAAAGUUGAAAAUACCAGCAAAACUUGGUUAUGGUGCUCAGGGAUCCCCACCUACGAUUCCAGGCGGAGCAACACUAAUAUUUGACACAGAGCUUGUUGCAGUGAAUGGAAAAACAUCAAGCGGAGGGAAAGCAAGUGAUAGUGAGCUAUAGUCACUAGCCGGAGCAGCUGUUCCUUUUCAUUUGUCAUAUUUUUCCUGGUAGCUUUUUCUGGCCGGUCAAAACAUUGUUUUAGAUACCAAGCAAACCAGAAAAUUGUUCAGUGUUUCAUUUGAGAUAACUGCCUUUCUGGCUACAUAAACUAGGCUUUUGUUUCUUGAUUAGAAUUUUCAUGAAGUUUAGAACU